AUGCGAGUGUCGCGACUGUUUCUGAAUCAACCCGACACAAAUUUAGAAGAUCAAGUAUUAGAAAAAGAACUAAUGCAUCAACUCAAAAAUACCGAGUUUUUGGACAGUUCCUUGCACAUAUUUAUUGAUUUUUGCAACAAGAAGGAAUACCAAAAUUAUUUGAAACCUAACGUGCCGCUAUCGGCAUUGGAACGUCGAUCAGAGUUGGAAGUUCGCGCUCAGAAAAAUGGCGAUGUCCGGUUUUUUCCGACUGUAGAAGUGAUUCAGCCGCCGCCUACUGCAGACCUGGUGGUUGCUUUGGCAGACUUUCUACACAAUGUCAGCACCUUUAAAGGCUGCCCCGUAGAACUGUGGAACGAGCAAGGGAUUUACAGAAUACUGUUCAGAUGUGCGUCUUGGAGUCGCGGAAAUCCGGAGAGCGAUCGCGUCCGCACCGCAACGUGCCGUGCACUCGUCGCCGCCGCGUCGCACAAGUGUGUGCGCGCUUCGCUCGCUGCUACUAAAGAUUGCCUCGUCAAUCUGUUGCUUACCUUUACCUCGACGGAAGAAGGUGACUGCGACGAACUAACGGCGCGUAUGCAGACAAUGUUGCUACUUGCUUCACUGCUGUCCGAGCGAGCGGCCAGCAAUACUGUUUGGAAUGAACUACGUGAAAGACAAUCAACGCCGUUCUUCCGGUUGUUGACAUUGUCCUUGCAGAGCGAUGACGAUGAGCUUAAAGACGCAGCAAUGCACUGUUUGACUCAGUUAACUAAAUCAGCAUUAAAUAAGAAACACGCGGAUAAAACAAGUGAUGAAACGUGUAAAGUCUUCUUAAACGAUCUUAAAUUCGACAACCAACAAGCUAGUGCUAGAUCUGGGGCGGGUGACACGGGAAGGGACGACGACUGUCAGCCGGAGUAUGUUUGCGAGGAGCUAUGUAAACUGUUAAUAUACCACUUUCAAGAUCUGUUCGAUAAGAAGAAGAGCCUAGCGAGUCAAGAUAACCUUUGGAUUCGAGUUUGUUCCUGUCUCUCAUCUUUACUAUCGGUCAGUUCGCGUAGUCGGUUAUAUGGCGUUCACCGCCAGUUCCCGCUUGUUUUGUUAGCGGCGUUGCAAACCGUGCGAGACCAACUCUCCUUACAAGGGAAACCGGUCGACGUCAUCAGGAAUGCCAAUCAUGAUCCAGCUCUGAAUACUUUGUACUGGUUGCUAACAAUAAUAAACUGCUCAAUGUUAGAGUGUAAGUCUGCUAAGGAGAGUUUUGCUGAUAACAUAACGGGCAGUGUCAACAGGUUGUGGCCUUGGUGCAUGAUGACAGAACAAUUAAGAAACACUAUCUUGCAUUUGUUAAUCGCCUUCACUAACGAUUGUCCUAAAGCGUGGGCGUGUAUGUGCGCGUGCGUGGGCGGUCGCAGUCUGCUCGCAGAGCUGUGCGCGCUGGCGUGUCGCAGCGGCGCGUCGCUGCUGCCCGCGUUGCGGAUAUUGCGCCAGUGCGUGCCGCAUCAUCAUUGCCGGGCUAUACUUCUUAAGAGCGAGGUGAUGUCGUGCAUGAACAAGGCGUGGUCGCGUGGCGGGCGUUACGUGCGGGGUGCGGAGGACGGGGGGGGGACGGAGUGGGUGCGGCUGUGCGCGGCACUGGCGCGGCACGCGGACGGCGGCGGCGUGCUGCUGGCGCUGCUGGCGGCGACACCGCGCCGCGGGCUCUCCGCGCGUCUGCUGCCCGCGCUGGCCAACGCCGCGCACCACCACCGCGCCGCCUUCCUGCAGUCUCCGGAGCUGUUGGAAAUCCUAUCAGCUACUCUGCUGACUGGCAACAUUUCGGAAGUGGUGUUGGCAGCUCGAGCCGUUUGGGCCUUGGCUGCUAACAGUCAUAGGGUAUUUAAACAUUUAAUUUUCCUAUUAAGCCUGCUUACUCGUUAA